AUGAAGAAGGAUGAUAUUCAUGAAAUUGUUUCGGUUGGUGGAUCAACAAGAAUUCCAAAAAUUCAACAAUUGUUAAAAGACUCUUUAAAUGGAAAAGAACCUUCUCGUGGCAUUAAUCCAGAUGAGGCUGUUGCUUUUGGUGUUGCUUAUGGUGUUGCUUAUGUGCAAGCUGGAGUAAUUUCUCGAGAAGAAGAAUCCGAAAUUGUUUUGCUCUCUACAGCGGCCGACAAUCAACCAACUGUGACAACUACUUUAAUCUAA